AUGUACUGCCAGAAUUGCCGUACUGCUCUCAAGGUCGAUGGUUCUCUUGAGGACCUGAACCCAGCUGCCUUCGACCUACUCAUAGGCUCGACCGGGAAGUCAUUACCUGACCCAUCCACCAAAUCUACGUCACGCCCUAAGUACCCUCAAGAUCGGCAACAACUCUACUCUCAAGUGUCGCGACGAGCUACGUCCCCUGUUUAUAAGAGAACCUUACCCGCACCACAAUAUGGCACAGGAGGCUCAGUUGGGGCGCCCCGGGCAGUGGUGAAAGAUGGUGGCAUGUCUUUUGUCAUGCUAAGCGAGUCUCAAUUGGUCCCUCCCCAUGCUGUUCCAGCCAUAAACGGUGACGGUCAACGGCCAGCAAAAGGAAGUCUACAGAGCUUGUCUGAGGCCCAGGCGACAGAACAUGGGUCUCAGACCUAUUCGCACCAAAUCGAGAAGACCACCCGUCUUUUCGAGAUAAUUUCUGCGCGUUCUGAUAUCGAUCACCCCAUCUGCACCGAAUGCACUGAUAUGCUCAUCGAAGGGCUUCAGAAGAGAUUGCAGACUGCAACAAAAGAGCGAGACGCAUAUAUCUCAUUUUUAAAGAAUUUGAAUAAUUCCAUUCCAUCGCUAGAUGAAGUGGAGGCGGCGGAAGAUGAUCUUAAGGCAACCCUACAAGCCGAGGAAGAAGCGUUUCAGGAGCUUCUUACCCUGGAAGCGGAAAAAGCUGCUGUUGACUUGGAGAUUGCAGGACUGGAGGAGGAGUCCCGUCAACUUGACCUAGAAGAGGAACAGUUCUGGAGUGAUCGCAAUGCCUUUGCAUUAACACUAUCUGAGUUCCAGAAUGAACGCGAUGCUUUGAACAUGAAGUACGAUCAUGAUUCUCGGCAACUUGAACGCCUUCAGCGGACGAAUGUCUAUAACGACACUUUCUGCAUCGGACAUGAUGGAUAUUUUGGCACCAUCAAUGGACUGCGCCUUGGUCGUCUCGCGAAUCCGUCCGUCGAGUGGUCCGAAAUAAAUGCUGCCUGGGGUCAAACGCUUCUCCUGCUUGCUACUGUCGCCGACAAACUAGGCUUUCAAUUUCAAGGGUACAAAUUAAAACCUUUGGGGUCUACAUCAAAGAUCGAAAAGAUAGAAUACCCCCAGCAGUCUCCAAAUGCUACCCCAUCUCGCCGAGACUCUUCAACCAAUCGUCCCGAAGCAACCAUCAGUCCAAAGAUAACAUCAUUGGAUCUAUAUUCUUCUGGCGAUCUUCCUUUGCACCUCCCGUGGCUCCACCGUCGCUUUGAUGCCGGUAUGGUUGCUUUCCUCGAGUGUUUGCGCCAACUAGGCGAGCAUGUGGAGAACACACCGGUAUCGUUGCCUUCCCGUUCACCACCCCCUCAUCGACACUCCCGAUAUCAACCCCCGGGAGAACCUUCGCCGGCGACUCGUGCUCUCCAGGCACAGAUUUCGGGUCUCAAACUACCAUACGAGAUCAAGCGGGAUAAAAUUGGAGAUGCGAGCAUCAAGCUUGGCUUCAACCAAAACGAUGAAACAUGGACGCGCGCUUGCAAGUAUACACUCACCUGCUGUAAGUUUUUGCUGGCGCACGCGAGCAAUGUCACAAGUGCCGGGUCUGGAAGUUCGCAUGUACCACCAACAGCAGCGAUUGUGCCGAGCCGUUGA